AUGGGUUGGUUCGACAAUGACUCUGAGCAAAGCUCCAGCCACGAGAGGUGGAACAACAGUGAACCCCAGGAGCAUGACUCCAGCAUUGUCCACGAGCUGAUUGCCGGCGCCGCCUCAUACGAAGCCGCCAAGGCCUACGAGGACCACGUUGCCAAGAACGGCAACCCCCCAAGCCACGCAAAGGCCAAGGAAAUCAUGGCUGGAUUUGCCGGUGCUUUCGUUGACCGCGAGGUCGAAACCAGGGGCUUGGACUUUAUUGACAAGGAGAAGGCCAAGUACCAUGCUCGUCAGCAGAUUGACAAUGUCCCCGAAGACCGGUUUCGCUACUAA